AUGUGGGACCAAGGCUUGACCUGGCUACCACAUCUACAAGAAGUCAAAGUCAGAACAGCCAACAUUGCAAAGAAAGCCAGGCAGUUUCGGGGACAAAACUGGGGGCAGAACCCUUACAUUCAAAAACUGCUCUACUUGACGGUUGCAGAAAGGAUUGUACUCUAUGCCUCAGUUAUUUGGGCACUACCAAUGGGCAGCCGUAAAAUAAAAGCCCAGUCAACAAUACAAAGACCUUUUGCUCUCAACAUUAGCAAGGCAUAUAGAACAACCGCGACAAAUGCAGCACUUGUGCUUACCGGGCUCACACCCGUUCACAUCAGGGCCAAGUUAGAAGCAAUAUAUGAGCGAGUAAUAAGAUUAAAGGAGAAUGCUGCACUCGGCACCACAAUCUUCAGCACGCUGCAAUACGAAACACCAGGCAGCACACAGCACGUGCACCCAGCACAUAAAAACUCGGGCAUACACGUCAAAAUAGCAAAGAGAUCUAGGCCGCGAAUAGAGGAUGUACCAGUCGCCUCGCAAUUCUACACAGAUGGCUCCAAACAUGAUAACGGAGUGGGUUGUGCUUAUGCUUAUUAUGAGCAUGGUACACUUCACAGUUAA